AUGGCUCAGGAGGCCAUCACCCUGGCCGACUCUGACCAGCGUUCCAGCAAUGAUCAAAACAGCGCCGAGAAGGGAUACGUUGAGCAAGUUGACCUUCACAACAAUAUUUCUGCCAAAAUCAAGAACCCUCUAGCCGACUUGACCAAGAAUCAGGUGCUCCGCAACGUGGAAGAGUUUGCUGAGGAGUACAACGUGACAGACAUCCUUCCCGAGUUGAAGAAAGGAGCGCUAGUUGCGCGUGACCCUGCCGAGUUCGAGACAGUGGCAGACUUGACCGAGCCAGAGCUCACUGCCCUCCGUGACGAAGUGGAUCACAAAUGGCGCCAGCCUAGAUCACUCUACUUCACCAUUGCUCUGUGCUCUAUUGGUGCGGCCGUGCAAGGAUGGGAUCAGACUGGCUCGAAUGGUGCUAACCUAUCAUUCCCCGAUGCUUUUGGUAUUUCCGAGGAUCCCGCAAAGAGCCCUCAUGCCGAUCGGAACCUGUGGCUCGUAGGCAUCGUCAAUGCUGCCCCCUACAUUGCCAGUGCUUGCCUUGGAUGCUGGCUCUCGGACCCAUGUAAUCGGAUUCUGGGCCGUCGCGGUACAAUCUUCAUCUCGGCUAUCUUUUGUGUCCUUACCCCCAUUGGCUCCGCCGUGAGCCAGAACUGGGAGCAGCUGUUUGUGACCCGCCUCCUCAUGGGUAUUGGAAUGGGUCUAAAAGCCUCGACAAUUCCAAUCUUUUGCGCUGAGAAUACCCCUGCUGUUAUCCGUGGAGGUCUGGUCAUGUCCUGGCAGCUCUGGACCGCUUUUGGCAUUUUCCUCGGAUUCAGUGCCAACCUUGCUGUCAAGGAUACAGGUAAAAUAUCCUGGCGUCUACAGCUGGGAUCGGCCUUUAUUCCGGCUGUCCCUCUUCUAUUCGGUGUUUACUUCUGCCCAGAGUCACCUCGCUGGUACAUUCGACGGGGCGAGAUGAGCAAGGCAUACCGGUCUUUGUGCCGUCUCCGUAACACGCCUUUGCAGGCUGCUCGCGACCUUUACUACAUCCAUGCCCAGAUCAAGAUUGAGAUGGAGCUAAUCGGCAAAAGCAACUACGUCAGCCGCUUUAUUGAGCUCUUCACUAUUCCUCGCGUCCGCCGUGCUACGCUUGCUUCAUUCGUUGUCAUGAUCGGCCAGCAGAUGUGCGGUAUCAACAUUGUUGCUUUUUACUCGUCAACUGUCUUCAAGAACGCCGGCGCAAGUGCCACACAAGCUUUGUUUGCUUCCUGGGGAUUCGGCUUGGGAACCGCUCACCUGGCUUCGAUCGCGUUCUUCGUCUUCCUAUUCGCCGCAUUCUACUCGCCUGGUGAAGGACCCGUGCCGUUCACUUAUUCGGCAGAGGUGUUCCCUCUUUCCCAUCGUGAGGUUGGCAUGUCCUGGGCCGUGGCAACCUGCCUAGGUUGGGCUGCCGUACUUUCGAUCACGUUCCCCAAAAUGUUGAGUGCAAUGACUGCCACUGGAGCAUUUGGAUUUUAUGCUGGUCUGAACGUGACCGCAAUGGUCAUGAUUUUCCUCUGGGUCCCCGAAACCAAGCAGCGCACCCUUGAAGAGCUGGAUUAUAUCUUCGCAGUUCCCACUCGGGUCCACAUGAAGUAUCAAGUCACCAAAGCGCUGCCGUACUGGUUCAAGCGCUACAUUUUCCGCCGGAAUGUUGAGCUGGAGCCUCUUUACCAGUUUGACCGUCUUGCGAGUGGUAACGAGAAUGUUGCUGUGUCGCGGAAACAGAGUGUUCUCUCUGAUCACGUGAAAUCGUAG